AUGCGCGACAUCCGCGCCAAAGCGCUGGAGAAGAUAGCUUCGCUAUCAGCUACCGGACCCGCGACCUCGUUUGAGAAAUCGGAUCUCGAUCGACUAAGCAAAGCGUGUCAUUCUGGAGCGAAACCAGCCGAACAUGCGCAGGCAACCCAUAAUUCGAAGCCAAUCGGCUCCAUUGGGAGAUCGAUUCGCGAAUUCGAAGUCCUCCUCGCUCUGUGCAAGACCGCGCCGAAUAUCCAAUCCAGCCAGAGCGCUCAGAAGCUCUCGUACCGACUGAUUCCUUACAUCCUCGAUAUCCACACGCAAGUUUUCGUUUCUUCGCCCUUCUUUCGAAAGAUCGAGCCGUCGCCGACCGAAUCGCUGGCCUUCCACGUUACGGCCGCGCUGCUGUCGCUUGGCAAUAAUUAUCACGAGCUACACGAGGAGAUUUCCAAUGGAAUCUGGCACUUCACCAACGACUGUAAUAAAGUUACCGAAACUGUCCUUUCGCCACAUGCUGGAGAUGCGGAAAACCCCCAUCUAGACGAUGCAAUUCGUACUGCUACUAUUGCUCUUGCUCUUGUUGGUUUCCUUGAUGCUGUAUCAGCCCAAGUAGACUUCUGGGGAGUAGAUGGCCGGCUGUUUCUUAUACAAAAAAUCCGCCAGCUCCUCUCCGAACCGUUUCUAGUUGCAGUCGAGACGGCAAUCUCGACCAUCCGCAACUCUCUCAGCCAGGACCGAGAGGUUAAGGAGUGGAAGAGGCACCUUCGCCAUUAUGCCGCUUCAGGGCGGCCCCUUGGGGCAAUGCUGCUGCAACGCAGUUUUAUGUGGCUGGUCUUGGCGAGCAGCUCUCUGAUGGUGGCGGACGGGCCACGCCUUCGGACAACUCACAUCUUGGAUAUUCUCAUGUCCAAGGACGCAAGUCUGAACGGUGUAUCAAAUCCAAGCUUAGAGGCUGAUGUUAGCUCCAUUGAGGCAUAUACCAAUCUUGCAGUGGAGCAGAUGCACUACAUUGAAGCUGGUGCUGACUUUGUGCGACUUGGAGCACACUCUCAGCAACAGCUUGCCUAUGCCGUCAAAUCUGCUGCCAUGAUCACAUAUCUGAACUGUUCUCUUCUGAAUGAAGAGAUUGCAGAUGCAGAUGUUCUCACUACGUGGCUUCAAGAGGCAUUGGAAGACCCUCUGCAGAUGACCGAUGAAACGCUGGCGUCUACAGUUCUCCAGUGUCUAGCUCUCAGCUGCCGCAUCGCGCCAUCCUUUUCUUCGACUGUCAGCCGGGUGCUUCCGCGAUUCCUCGUCCAAACCGCACCACAGGGUAACACUGUCGGAGUGGCAUCCAAAAGCUUGGCUUAUGUUCUGAAGCUGCUCUCCAAGGAUGCAGUCAUCAGCACUCUCUACACUUUGGGCAACGUGUUGAGCCCAGGCUCCGACGCGACCAUUACUGGCAUUCAAGCAAAUGGCACCGCUGGUGAGGCAAAUUUGGCCCCUAUAUAUGUUAACAGACAUUCCACAGGAAGUGCCAUUUCUCUUCAAAUGAACGGCGAGGAAGAAACAGCAAUCAUCUACGGAAAUGUUGUUCAGGCGAUAUGCGGCAUUGCAGCGGCAUGUGACGAUGAGAAGAUUACUGCUCUUGCCCAAGCCAUGCUUCUGCAAAAACUUGACAAGGUCAACGUCAGCGUGGAUACUCAGGUCAUAGCUGGCGCAGCUACAUUGGCUCUUAGUGGCGGCCAACUAGAGUUCCGCUCUCUCCUUAAGCUGUACUCGAGGAUAUGCCAUAUCGGCGUUGUGGAGAAAAAAGACUUCCUUUUGGGCUCAGUCAGAAGAGCACGUGCUCACAUCUCUGCUCGCUUGCGUCGCGAUUCUCCCUUAUUCGACAUCUAUUGGGAGCAUCUGCUGGAUAGCAUCAUUGCUCUGGGAGAUGCUCACGCGUCUGGGCAAACCACCAAAGACGCAGACGUACAGCUCGCUGCUCUGGAGAUUGCCGAACUGCUUCACCCUCUCGCCGUGUUCAUGGCUAGCAAUGAUCUUGCCUCAGAGCCACUAGCAAAUGAUGAUUCAUAUGCCCUUCUUAGAGAUGCAUGGUUCAACAUUGUGGUGCAUGGCUUCAUGACAACCACUGAUCGUGGUAAAAAGUAUAUCAAAGAGCUUCGCAUGAUUGCCGUGCACUCGCCCGCUCUUGUGGCCAGCCAGCGUAGUGAGCAAGUCGAGAGUGACAUCGAACUCAAUACUGUUCUAAGACGAGGGCAUAGCAAUGACCGAGAGGCAAUGCAGAAGAAGCUUCUUAGUGAGCUUGUACCAUCAAAGGCAGCUGACAUUAAGGGCCUAAGCUACCGAAAGGUCAUCUUCCUCCAAGCCGCAUACAUGGUUGAGAGUCUUCGUGCCGAUUCUGGUGAUUGUACCAAGGCGUUGACGUACUUCUUGGAACCGGCCAUGCGAAAGGGUGAUGUGAGCAGCACCAUGGAGGGAAUUGCUGCGGCUGUCGUCGAUAAAUACUUGAAGAAGACGCUUGCCGGCAUUGACCCGAGCUUCUCUUCUCAGUAUGCUGCUACCCAGCUUGUUUCUAUCUUCUGCAAUUGCUGUCAUCGCAUCGAACGAGUCCAGCAGGCUGCAUUUGCUUGUGCAGACCGUAUAAUCAAGGAUGUACCUUCGGCAUUAUGUCAUAGAACGUCUCUCUUUGCCCUCUUGGAGCUUCUUUCUCUUUUAUGGACGAGUUGUCUCGAGGCAGAGACUGACAUCUACACCCCGCGAUCAAUAUUCAGUUCCAAACUUGGCAAUGUGACCCUAGAGCUAUCUGACGACUACGACUUCCGGCGGUGGACUCUUGAUAUCCUCAACCGCAAGGCCAAAGCUUGGGUAACCGCAGCUAUCAAUUUGGCACCGUUAGACGUCAAGGGUCUCCUCCAGACAUACCUGUCAGAAUUUGAGGACGAUGGCGCAUACGGUCAUGUUUCACUUGGCCGGUCUUUCGCUUUGGAAGUUGGAUCGAUCGUUCCAUCUACGGAUAAUAGACUGCAAUCUCUUGACCGUGUUGGUGGCACUGCCCUCAAUACGGCGUCUGAUCUCAUCGCCCAGUAUACUACUCGUCAGGAGUACCGCUACGGCGAAAUACUCCCAGAUCGUGGAUCUGAAUUGAUAUCUUUUAUGAAUCUGAACCGCCGGUCGUCGUUUGUGCAGUCUACUGUUAUAGAGAGCGCUAAUGCCGCCACUGCUUUGGCUCACAUCGAGGCUCGAAUUUUGAGCAAGAAGUCCACCUCUUUGAAUGAGGUUCGAGAGAUUCUUAGGCGAGCCGCUGCCCUCUUGUGCCGUGGCGGAAAGGACGAAUCAUCGGUUGCUCGCUACCUUGUGAACAUACCUUUUGCUUUGUUCACAAAACAAUCAAUCAAGCUGGGCGUCUCGCUAUGGCUCGGCGUGAUGAACGAGAAUCCGCGAUUGGAGCCCAAACUGCUGAAUUCUAUUGCUCAGCAGUGGGAGCUGUCCAUUUCUCGCAAAGUUGGCCUGUUCCAUCCCGCUCUAAGCCACCCCGAUCCUUUCUUCCUCAAGGAAGAAUUCGCACCAAGUGAGUUGGAAAUGCUAGCAAAGAGACGGCAGUUAGUGCACGACAUCCUGUCUCCUCAUGCUCGCUUGCUGCAAUUCUUCAGCAGCCACUUCAACGCCACUAGGCUUGGCUGCCCAGACAUCCAGAGGAUUUUUAUUCGCAUGCUUGAUUUGACCCUUGAUGCUGUUAAAGAAUGUACUUCUCAUCCACUGGCAAGAGAACUGCGCUUGCAGAUUGUCCUCUUUGGCCUCCAAGUUCUGCGAUGGAGCACCAUAAUCAGCUCAACCGCCCAGUAUCGCCUCAAGGAGAAGAUUCUAUCAGCAGGUCUCUCUUGGUUUAGGAGCUCGCCAAAGUGGUCGUUUGGUAGCAAUCUUGUACAGCUGAAGACUGAGUUCCGCCUCAUUUCUGAUGUUCUCGCCGCUAUGAAGGCCGUUUCCGUCAUUGGCGCCAAUACAACCGGUAUCAAUUCGCUCCAUUCCAAAGAACAGCUGCUACAGAUACUUUUGGAGAACGAGCAGUCGCGGUUGACAGUUUGGAUCAGCCCGCUCAACCAGCACCAUGCUCAUCUGACGCUUCACCACAACUCGUCCAAGGCCGCGGUAGAGGCUUCCCUGCUACCUCUUGUUCGAACUGCCUGGGGGCAGGAUCCUGCCAUUGCCAUUGAGCUAGCCACGAGAUUCCAUUACCCUCGGCUGAUCCGCGAGAUUAGACUGCUUCUUCUUGCAAUGCCUGAGAGGGCUAUAUCUGAACCUGAGGCUCUUCCCCUCAUUCUUGAUGGACACCUGCCUGACGACGUCAAUUCGCAGCUCAAGUAUCUCCUGUUCUGGGAACCGGUUAAUCCUCUCACAGCAGUGACUUUCUUCCUCCCCGCGUAUAGAGACCACCCCUUCCUUAUCCAAUACGCCAUGCGAGCCCUAGAAAGCCACUCUGUAGACAUUACUUUCUUCUACGUGCCUCAAAUAGUCCAGACUCUACGUUAUGACAAUCUUGGAUACGUGGAACGAUACAUUCUUGAGACCGCGCAGUUCUCUCAGCAUUUUGCUCACCAAAUCAUUUGGAACAUGAAGGCCAAUGCGUACAAAGAUGACGACGCCCAAAUUCCAGAUGCCAUCAAACCUACUCUUGACUCUGUUAUGACCAAGAUGGUUGACAGCUUUGCUGCUGAAGACAGAGAGUUCUAUCAAAGAGAAUUCGCCUUCUUUGACGAAGUCACCAGCAUUUCAGGAAAACUGAAGCCGUUCAUCAAACGGCCCAAGCCGGAGAAGAAGCAGAAGAUUGAAGAAGAGCUUCGAAAGAUUCAAGUUGACGUCGGCGUCUAUCUCCCCAUUGAUUCAGAUGGUAUCGUCAUUGGCAUCGAUCGUAAGUCUGGAAAGCCUCUACAAAGUCACGCAAAGGCCCCGUACAUGGCCACCUUCCGUAUCAAGAAGCACAAGGGCGGGCUCGAGCAAGAAAACCAGCUGCUGGAAGGAACUGGAGGAGAAGAAGGCAAGGAACCUGAAGACAACACCGUCGAGAUUUGGCAAUCCUGUAUCUUCAAGGUCGGAGAUGACUGCAGACAGGAUGUGCUGGCGCUGCAGAUGAUUGCUGCCUUCCGAGGCAUCUUCCACAAUGUCGGUCUCGACGUCUUCGUAUUCCCAUACCACGUCACCGCGACAGCCCCAGGCUGCGGUGUCAUUGAAGUCUUGCCAAACUCAAUCUCCCGAGACAUGCUUGGUCGUGAAGCCGUCAACGGGCUCUACGACUAUUUCGUGUCCAAAUACGGCAACGAAGACUCGCUCCGCUUCCAGCAGGCCCGUAGCAACUUUGUCAAAUCCAUGGCGGCCUACUCCAUCAUCUCCUUCCUGCUCCAAUUCAAAGACCGUCACAACGGCAACAUCAUGAUUGACGACGCCGGCCACAUCCUCCACAUCGACUUUGGCUUCUGCUUCGACAUCGCCCCCGGCGGCAUAAAGUUCGAGCGCGCCCCCUUCAAGCUCACCAGCGAAAUGAUGGCCGUCAUGGGCGGCUCGACCGACCACCAGAGCUUCAAGGCCUUUGAGCAGCUCUGCAUCAAGGCCUUCCUCGCCAGCCGGCAGUACUGCGAGAAGCUCAGCCAGAUUGUCCAGCUCAUGAUGGACAGCGGCCUGCCGUGCUUCAAGCCGGAGAGCGUGCAGAACUUCAGGGACCGCUUCGUCAUGGAGAAGACGGAGCGGGAGGCUGCGGACUUUAUGAGGGACCUUAUCAAGAAGAGCUACUCGAGUUACAGUACUGGUAUUUACGACCAGUUCCAGCUGCUUACCAACGGGAUUCCUUAUUAA